GGAGUCGGAGUAGGGAAAACGCCGUACGUCCUUCGUCCGAGCUGGUACGGCGCAUCACCCGUGAUCACACCCGCGGCCAUUUGUCGAAGAGAAAAAAAAUCUAACCUAACAAGCGAAAGAUGUGCGUGUGUCAUCGGGGGUGUUGCUCUGGCCCGCGUGCGACAACAACGAAUUGUGCGAUCGUCAUUCCCGACGACGCGUGAAGCGACGCUUUUUCUCUCUUUCUCCGCGCUCUCUCUUCUCCCUUUCUCACACGUACACACCUGCACGCGCGAUCCUCGUGGACUCGGAGAGACGGAGCAUAUGCGCUCAAGAAAGUCCUGUGGCUGAGGUUCAUCGUGAAGUAGGUGUACGCCUACGUCCCGCCCCCCUGAUUUUUAUUAAUGCGCAGGAUAACCGAUUAACAGGAUUGUACGCAAGUACAUCCAAUAAUGUCAUCGAUCAACAGUGUCGAUUCUCACGGGACAUUACAGUGGGACAUGAUGGAAUUGGCCCGUCAUUUGCGGCAGGAAAGGCUGUUUGUCAAUUCGGAACAGCAGAACUUGCAGACUCUUAACGAACGGGUCUUAUAUAUCUCGUCGCAGUUAGCGCAGCAAGCAUGGAUAACCGCUCAACAGAGAGUCAAUCUGAAUCGCUUGAUAGUGGCGAGGCCGGAUUGCACUCCAGCGUCGUGUUGCCUGAGAGCAAACGCGUUGGAAAAUUCACAUUUCAUCGAUGCGUACAAGUAUCUGCGCUACCAGGCGUGCUUGUCCUACGGAGAAUUUCUGGGCGCAUUGCGAAAGUCACCGAAACUCCUAGCCUCGUGCUUGGUGGAGGGGGACAGAGUGAUUCCGGAAUCGAUGCAGACGAUUGUGCAGUGCUUGGCCGCCGGAUUGUACGGCAGCUGCAUAUUGCCGGAAGACAAGAGUUUGGUCCUCCAGCUGCUGAGGCAUCUCAUGUUACUGCAGAUAAUUCCGUCUGACAACCCGCGAAGAUUGCUCAGGCACGGCACGUGCGCGUUUUCCAAAUUUUACUCAAUCUUUCACGAAAGCCUGUUCUCCGCGAAGCUCUUCUUAACGGCAGCCUUGCACAGCCCUAUAGUGCAGUUACUUAUGGAAGAUGAAAUGUUCCUGGACAUCGAUCCGGAUAAAGCGCCUAUUAGAUUUCCACCUGCGGAGAGAUUGAAGAAAUUCGGGAAAGAAGGCACGGCCGAGUAUCAAGCCAAGUUACAGCGUUACAGACUCUGGACGGUUAAUUCCUUGUAUCGUAUCACGCAGAGAUUUAUCGUCAACAUUCGCGAUACAAUACACUGCUUUCCUACGAGUGUUUGCUGGCUUGUGAGACAAAUGGCAGGGCUUCUUAGUAAGAACGGAAAUGUAGAUCCAAAAGAGGUGCACGCCAUGUGCACGGAUCUUGUAUUCACGUACUUCAUUUGUCCCGCUAUAGUUAAUCCCGAGCCUUAUGGUAUUACCGAUGCACCGAUAAGUUACGUCGCGAGGUUUAAUCUAAUGCAAGUUGGACAAAUUUUACAAAUGCUUUCGCUACAAAAGUAUCAAAGUAUCGAUAACAAAGUUAUUGAUCUUUACAAGAAGUUCGAGAAGGAUUCGGUGUCUUCCAUAAUAGACUCGAUGUUGGAUGGGGCGACAGAAGAGCUGGAAGAGGAACCAACGAUUAUUGACAAUAAUAAAUUUCAAGGCCUGUCACGAUCCGCAGCACUGUUUACGGAAAGUGAACUGAACUCUUUAAUUACGUUUUUGAACACGAUCGCUGGUGAUAACAAUGGAGAAACGAUAUCGCAUAGCUCAUUUGAUAGAAAACAAUUAGCGGAAAUGCUGUCGCAAUUACCUUCGGGUUCACUGCAUAAUAAUAAAUUAAGUAACGAAUACUUGGAUACACCCAGCAAACGAGGUGUUGCUGCAGGAAAAGGAAAAGGACGUGGUAUAAGGAUGACUACAUUCUCACCAAAUGUAACAAACGAAAGUGCGGAGGAAAUUAAUGGCACCGCUGCCCCUGAAGAGGAGACUUUGGAUAAAAAUUCUCAAGACGUGCUAGUCAUACCUUUUGGUCCAACAAUUGGGGAAUCUGUAGGGCUACUCAGUGAACAGAAGGUUUUAUGCAUGGAGCUUCAAAGUGGUAUGGAGAAUGGACCUGUUACUUUGAAUCUCCCUGAUGACGCCUCUACUGAACAUCCUAGACAAGAGAAUAGCAAUGUCGAACGCAUCGAAACGCAAGAGAAGAGGACUAGAUUCUCGCUGUCACAUGAUGAAGUAUUGUUCGAAGGAUCGAUUGGCAAUACGUCCGAUAACUUGGAAGCUGUAUCAGAAGCCGCUUCCAAUCACAGUGUCGCUUCUUCUCUAGAAUUAGAGACAGAAGAUCAAAACGAUAAUCUCUCAGACAUGGUGUCUGCUAAUGUAUCGGGUAGAGGAACUCCUAAUAUAUCAGGUCGAGAUACACCGUCGUCUCAAAUUACUGAAGGAGACGAUGGACGAGCUGCGGGUGAAGUAAGGCAACUGGAUUUGCCGCCGCCUAAUAUCCCAACUAAACAAAGUCGAUCCGAAAUUGAUGACAAAUUUUGUAAAUUUGAGAUUAAGAAACUUAUUGAAGGAGACGAGACUGUUUCUAUGGUAUCCGAUACUUGGUCUACGGAUGUGUUGGCCUCAGAUAGCGAAAUAGUUGAACAACAGGAUCGAAUAUUGCUUGCUGUUCCUACUGAACAGGUUGCAUCUGUGUUGCCUGCCGAACCUACGCUAACCAUGUUAGACAUUAGUGAAACCGCCUCUGAAGCUUGGAGCACAGAUGUAUUAGCUAGCGAUUCGGAAAGAUUAACUGAAGUAGAUACCGAUGACACUGCUAGUGUUGCCAGGUCUGAUGAUACGGCCAGAUCCGAGAUCGAAAUAGAAAGCCGUGCUGAUUCCGAGGGAAAUGAAGAAACUCUUCAAUCUGCAACUCCAUGUCCGGAUGGUUCAAGCAUCACUUUUCCGUCAAUUUCGGGGAUUCGAGAGGAUUCUGGCAUAGGAACUUCGAUAGUUCACCAACCAUCACCAACAACAUCUCCAUUGCCAUCGUCGUCAAAUGUGACAGGUCGUGGUGGAACCAAGUCCGAUUACCGACGUAGUACAAUGGAAUAUGUAGACAAAAACGCUAACAAUAUAAGCAAUAUGGACUAUGAUAAACCAUUACGGGACGACAGGCUGGUUCACUUGAUAGAUAAACUUCAAAUUAACAAUGGUAAGCAAGUUGAACGUCAAGCACCUGCGCACAAUCACAUCGCUGCGGCGGCAGUCGCACCGGCGUUGCUAUUAGCUAAUCAUAUUUCUGCGCCUGUUUUGUCAGAGAAGUCCCAAAACGGUGACGUGAAAACAGAGGAGUUGGACAGCUGCAUGGCGUCAGUCGGGGAUACCGUAGGCCGAUUAAGCACGGCUAGCUUAACAUCCAGCAGCAGUUCCGGAUCAGAACCUCGUGUGAAGAGUAACAUUUCAACGUCAGAUUUACCAACACCAACAGUUAAUGGCAUUUGUGACGUGGUAGAUGGUUCGAUUCCCAAUUUUUCCAAGCCAAAUGCAUCAACGGGAGCUAUUCCAAAGAGCAUAAGCUUCGACAUGACCGCCGAGCGUGGCGAUAAGGAAUUGUUGGACGACGAUCAAAAAAACAAACGCGGUUUCUUUGGUAAAUUAAAAUUGUCAUUGAGAAAUCGUAGAGGUAAAGCAAUCCGCGUGACGGACGACAGAUGUUUCGAUCGAGAAGCUGGUGGCGACGGCGUCGAUGUGUGCAGGCACAGAUUACGCAGGAUUAUGUCGGAAGAUGUAACAUCAUCCGGUAAUGUCGCGGGCGAUACUACCGAUGAUAUAUUAGCGAAAUACAGAAGAAAGCCAAGCGCAGCUAGCGAUACAGCCUCGGUCGAAAGCAAUCAGUCCCGUACAAAAGAGGUGGAAGACGAAAGACUUUCAAUCGAUCCGAAUAAUGUAGAACUCUCUUAUGCUUUUGCGGAUGCUAAAAGAAAAUUACGUAUGGUACUUAGCACUGCUGACCUUCAACACAUUCCAUGGAAUACUUCAGAGAGACAUUGUUGGUCGCAGAAAGAAAACGAACUGGUUGCGUUUUUGCAACUACAAUUGGCAGAAGCUAUAAACCUGCAGGAUAGGGCAUUAAUAGCUCAUCUUCAUGAAACUUUACGUUGCGUGCGUCUAUUUAAUGACGAUGGAUGUAGAAAGCUCUUCAAAUCACUUCGAGAGGACUAUCAAAAGCGAUCUCCUUAUAUCGCAUAUUUAAUCAGAUGUCGUCAGGGAUUGCUGUCGACAUUAGCUCACUUAGAUAGAUUAUGCGUGCGAGUUAAGUGCGAUCGGGAUGCUAUCAAUAAUCAUCUUGUAUCCGUUUGUGUGAGGGUAUUUUUGGAAAAAAAGGAGGCUUUUCUCCUGCGUUUCUGCGAAGAGUUUAAAAAGCUUACGCUAGCUGACGAGAAGCAAGAUCUCGUGGAUAAUUUUCUAGGGAAGGUCCACGCGGAAAUGGACAACGAUCCGAUCUGGCAAUCGGCGAGCGCCAACCAGUUAGAUUUGGCGAGAGUCGUGGUGGAAAGAACCGUCAUGGCACGGGUAUACCACAAUGCGCUCUAUCCAAAUGGAGAUGGAGAUGUAUAUAGGGACCAGCUUCUUCACGAUCACAUCAAAAAGUUGGCGAAGGUCGUAACUCCAAAUCACAAGGACCUACGCAUUCCAAAGGUUUAUCAUUACGAAUGCCCCUGGCCAUGGGCGCAGGCUGAAUUGGCUGUGAUAUCGGCGUAUAAGACUCCUAGGGAUAAGUUGCAGUGUGUAUUUCGUUGCGCGACUACCAUCAUGAAUCUUCUCUCCAUGGCGUCGGAAAGGGGCAUACCUGCUGCCGACGAUCUGACUCCCGUGCUGGUCUAUGUCAUAAUCAAGACUAAUCCGCCGUCGUUGUUGUCGACUGUUCAAUAUGUAGACAGCUUUUACGGGAAUCGAUUGGAGGGUGAGGAACAAUAUUGGUGGACGCAGUUCUGCGCCGCGAUCGAGUUUAUUAAGACAAUGGAUUAACAGUUUCUCAGGAGUAUCACGAUAAAUAAGAUUAGAUUCGAUGCUGGUGAUAAUGUAGAAAUGUAUCAUAAUCAUAAUUUGACGAUUUCAUAAAGAAGAAGACCAAUAUCUUGUGUAAAGCUAGCUGAACAGUUUUAUGCUUCCAGUAUCUUGAUUAAAAUUCUUAAAUAGCCUCUUAAAUAGUCUAACUGUUAGUUCUUUCGCACGUUAUUAUGUAACAUUAGCAAAGACUGAAUCAGAUUAUACGUAAAGUAUGGCUUUAUCUUUAUUUGUAACUCUAUUGUACAAUUUCACAGGACAUCGAAAAAAAAAAGAAACGUUUAGAUAUUCUAUAAUUUAUGUGUAAACAAUACAGAACUUAUAGAGAAUUGAUAACCAUUUA